ACACAUUCCGGAAAAAGCCCUUUGCUAGAGCCGGGGUGGUGUUUUCCGCCUUGCCGAAGAAAGUUGUGCCAGGGAGGGUUGCUGGUUUCUGUAUUCCGAAAAAAUGGACAGCCAGGGAAGGAAAGUGGUGGUUUGCGACAAUGGGACCGGGUUUGUGAAGUGCGGCUAUGCAGGCUCCAACUUCCCAGAGCACAUUUUCCCUGCGUUGGUUGGCAGGCCAAUCAUUCGCUCCACAGCUAAAGUGGGAAACAUUGAGAUCAAGGACCUGAUGGUGGGGGAUGAGGCGAGCGAGCUGCGCUCCAUGCUGGAGGUGAACUACCCCAUGGAGAACGGCAUCGUGAGGAACUGGGACGACAUGAAGCACCUGUGGGACUACACCUUUGGUCCCGAGAAGCUCAACGUCGACUCGCGCAACUGCAAGAUCCUGCUCACCGAGCCGCCCAUGAACCCAACCAAGAACCGCGAGAAGAUCAUUGAGGUGAUGUUUGAGACGUACCAGUUCUCUGGGGUUUACAUAGCCAUCCAAGCUGUGCUCACACUCUAUGCUCAAGGUCUCCUGACUGGCGUGGUGGUGGACUCUGGUGAUGGCGUCACCCACAUCUGCCCCGUGUACGAAGGCUUCUCCCUGCCCCACCUGACCCGACGCCUGGACAUUGCAGGACGGGACAUCACGCGCUACCUCAUCAAGUUGCUGUUGCUGAGGGGCUACGCCUUCAACCACUCGGCGGACUUUGAGACGGUGCGCAUGAUGAAGGAGAAGCUGUGCUACGUGGGCUACAACAUCGAGCAGGAGCAGAAGCUGGCGCUGGAGACCACCGUGCUGGUUGAGUCCUACACGCUCCCCGACGGCAGGAUGAUCAAGGUGGGAGGGGAGCGGUUCGAAGCCCCUGAGGCUCUGUUCCAGCCCCACCUCAUCAACGUGGAGGGAGUCGGGGUGGCAGAGCUCCUCUUCAACACCAUCAAUGCAGCAGACAUCGACACCAGGUCUGAGUUCUACAAACACAUAGUGCUGUCAGGGGGCUCCACCAUGUACCCCGGCCUUCCCUCUCGACUGGAGCGUGAGCUCAAGCAGCUCUACCUGGAGCGCGUGCUGAAGGGAGACGUGGAUAUAGCUCUCGAAAUUCAAGAUCCGGAUCGAGGACCCCUCGGCGCAAGCACAUGGUGUUCCUGGGCGGGGCCGUGCUGGGCCGACAUCAUGAAGGACAAGGACAACUUCUGGCUGACGAGGGAGGAGUACCAGGAGAAGGGGAUACGUGUCCUGGAGAAGCUGGGGUCACGCGUAAGAUACACCCCCCCCCCCCCCCCCCAAGAUGCACAUAUUCGCUCGCCUCACUCUCCAAGGGCAUGUUUGUGA